AUGUCAUUAAUUGAAAAAUACAAAUUAUUGAAAUGUGAAGGAUCAUCAACUGAUCGUAUUAAUUAUAUAUUAUCUUUGACAGACAAAAGAGAAACAGAAAUACAUUUAAAAAAUUUAUCUGCUAGAUCUUAUAAUGAUCUACAAAUGUUAAUAUUUUUAUCUAAAUCAACAAAAAAUCAAACAAAUCUUUUUGAAAUCUUCAAAAAUGAUUCAUUACCAGUGUGUCAACGUGCUGAUGCUGCUAAAGCGUGGCUUCGACUUCAACACGAUGAAAAACAAGUUCAUCAAUUUGUAGUUGAAACAAUUACAGAUUCAAAUAUUCCUCGACUUAUAAAACAUCAAAUUCUUAAAUGUCUUCAUCAUAUUCAUUUUUUAAAAAAAUCUUCUUCAUUCUUUUAUGAUCUUGCUUUUCAUUUAACUCAAUUAUUUCAUCAUGAUGAAUUCAAUAUUGAUGCUCAUACAUUACCAUUCUGUUCAUUUGAUCAAAUAAUCAAACUUCUUUCUCAAUGGUCAUUAAUACGUUACAGUCAAAUUCAUUUUUCAUCUUCAUUUCGUUCGAAAUUAAUUCGUUUUCAACCUCUUAUUAUUAUUCAUUUAAUUAAAGGUGAUUUAAUAGAUAAAUAUACGAAUAAUGAUAUACUAUGGAAUUAUUGUCGAGAGAAUAAAAAUUUAUUUGAAUUAUUAGCAAAAAAAGAACCUAAAUCAAUGUGUAAUUUAGCAAUUGAACAUGUUAAUCGAUUGGAAAAACAUAAAAGAAUUUUACCGGCAUUUAUUGUAUCUGAAGAAAAACGAAUGUUUGAUAAAGCUCCGGAUGAAAUGAUUCAAUUGAUAACACUAGUUGCUUCUCAUCAACCAGGUAUAAUUAAAUAUGAAUCACAUUGGGAUUGUUCAGGCACAGAAUUAUGUUCUUUUAUGUUUCCUAAUUCAUUUUCGAUAGAUAAUUAUAUUCAUCUCUUUUUUAUAUUAUAUGAAACAUGUAAAUGGUCUCUAAAUGAUACACAUUGCCUCGUUUCUUAUAUGUUAGCUAAUGAUAUAAGAUCACAAAAACUCUAUUGUCUUCGUCAACAACGUAAAUGGUUUUUUGAUAUUGUCGUCAAAGAACGUAUUGGUAAAGAAGAAUUUCUAAAUAAAUUGUUAAAAACUGGUAAAGAAACUGAUUUGUAUGUAUUGAGUGCUUAUCCAGAAUUAAUUAAACCAUUGGCUCAACAUUUAUUUGAACAACUUGAUCAAUCUGAAUUAGUUAAUCCUGAACAACAUGGAUCUUUUCUUCGUUAUGAACUUAUGAAUUCAGAAAUUUUUAAUCAAUUUUUAUCUCUUUUUCAACAAUGUGGUUCAGAUGCUAACAAAAGAAAACGAAUGUAUUCAUUUUUUCUACAAUGUGCUAUUUCAACAGAUCAACAAAGUGUAAAUAAUGUUCUUCAAUGGAUUCGAAAACGAUUUAUAAAUGAACAAUUAAGUGUUAUUGAAUAUUUUCUGAGAAAUUUAUCUUUAUAUGAUAAUCGAUUUCAUUUAGAAUAUUUACCAGAUAAUUUUAAAAUAAUCGAACAAAUUAUGGAUAUAGCUUUUAAUCAUUUACAAAAAACAUCAAAUACAGUAGAAUCUAUACUUACAUAUGGAUUUUUAUUGUUGGUUAAAGCAGAAUAUUAUCAAAAUAAAACACAACAAGAAAAAAUACAAGAAUUUGCUUGUAAAAUUAUUAAACGAUAUUAUUCAAUAAAUGCUGAUUUUCCCUAUGAUAAUGUAUUAUUACCUCGAUCAUUACCAAUGGCACGUAAUCUUUUUGCAAAUAUUUUAAUAUCAGAUAUAUUUCCAAAAUUAAUUUCAAAAUUUUUAAUAACUGAAAUAAAUAAUUUCUUAAUGAAAUGUUUUCACGAUGCUUGGCGUUUAAUUCAAAUUGAUUCAUUUCUUUAUUCAUUCUUUUUUGAACAUUUACAUCAUUCAAUACAACUUCAAUCUGCAUUUGAUAUUAAUGAACAUGGAUUUUUAAUAUCAUUAUUUCUUAAACCAAAAUCAACUCGAUUAGNUAAUUGCUGUUAG